AUGUUUCAAGCCUUCGUAAUUGUGUUUAAUCGCUUUGCGAAUAUUUUUGUAGCGGCAAUAAAUCUUCAAUGGAUAUUUUAUUAUCUUCACAUGAAGAGUAAUACAUCAGUAAAUGUUGAACUAAUAGAAGUGCCACAAAAUGGAAAUGAAUUUCCUGAUUUCCUACGAAAAUUCAAUUUAAAACGACUCAUUAAUGAAUCCGUUAAGCAUAUAAUCUUAGACAUUUCAACAUCCGAACGCCAACAAAAAAUGCUUACAGCUAUUCGUUCGGCGCAGUUCAAUCAACUUGAUUAUCAUUAUAUUGUGGCCAACUAUGAUUUUUUACCGUAUGAUGUAGAAAUGUUUCAAAAUGAUAACAUAAAUAUAACUGGAUUUCAAAUAAUUAACCGAGAGGUUAAGGAAUACUGGAAUUUGAAAAAAUUUAUUACAAAUGAAUCGUUCAAAAUUGAAAAGAAGCGUAAAAUGAAUUUAGAGGCAAAAUUGAUAUUUGUUCAUGAUGCUAUACUCGUAGCGAAGGAAGCUUUCGACCAAACUCUGAAGCGUAAUGAUUCGUUAUUUUAUCAAAAUUUCCGACAUGGCGAUUUAUAUAAUCGUGGAUAUCCUGGUAUUUACUGCCAUCCAGAAAUGGAUAUUAAUAACCCACAUAGGCCAUUCACAACAUUUGAACAUGGUCAUGCUAUCGCACGAGGUUUAAGAGGAGUUAAGAUAGAUACUAAUGAUGGGACAUUAAGUGGACGUAUAGAAUUUGAUCGUUUUGGAUUGCGAAAGAAUUUUGAUGUUACCGUAAUUGAUCUUGUUUCAAACACAAAAUCAGCCUUCAACAAAAAAGAAAUGAUGACUUGGAAGCAAGGAACUGGAUUUCUAGCAAAUCGGACUUUUGCUGAACAUACGAGAAAAAGGUUCGAAUCAUCCAAAUCAAAGAAAAUUGUCAAAGUUGUCACCAUUAUUACAGAACCAUUUGUAAUGGUAAAACGAAUUUGUGAAAGUGAAUCAAAUCGAACCGAAUGUAAAGGUAAUGAACGAUUCGAAGGCUUCUGUAUUGACUUGUUAAAAUUAUUAAGUGACAGAAUGGAAGAUUUUCAAUACGAAAUAAUUUUAAGUGAAGGAAAUAAAUAUGGUGCUAAGCAACCCGAUGGUUCAUGGGAUGGAUUAAUUGGUUCAUUACUCAGUGGUGAAGCUGAUGUUUGUGUUGCUUCUUUAACUAUAAAUCAGGAGAGAGAGCGUGUUGUUGAUUUUUCAAAGCCUUUUAUGACGACUGGAAUAAGUAUAAUGAUUAAAAAACCAGAUAAACAAGAAUUUUCUGUAUUUUCUUUCAUGCAACCGUUAAGCACUGAAAUAUGGAUGUAUAUAAUAUUCGCUUAUGUUGGAGUAUCUGUUGUUAUAUUUCUUGUUUCGCGAUUUUCGCCUUAUGAAUGGAGAGUCGAUGAAAUCGCUAACGGUGAAGGAUUCACAAUCUCCAACGAUUUUUCAGUCUAUAAUUGUCUAUGGUUUACACUUGCUGCUUUUAUGCAACAAGGCACCGAUAUUUUGCCAAGGUCAAUCAGUGGGAGAAUAGCUAGUAGUGCAUGGUGGUUUUUCACAAUGAUCAUUGUUUCUUCCUAUACAGCAAAUUUGGCUGCUUUCUUGACACUCGAAAAAAUGCAAGCACCAAUCGAAUCAGUCGAAGAUUUAGCCAAACAAACAAAAAUAAAAUACGGUAUCCAGCAAGGAGGAUCAACUGCUCAAUUUUUUAAAUAUUCGUCAGUUCAAAUAUAUCAGAGAAUGUGGCGAUAUAUGGAAUCGCAGGUGCCAACCGUUUUUACUUCAACUUAUGCUGAAGGAAUUGAAAGAGUUCGCAGCCACAAAGGGAGAUAUGCAUUUCUACUAGAAGCAACAGCUAAUGAAUAUGCAAAUACACGAAAGCCAUGCGAUACGAUGAAAGUUGGCUCAAAUUUAAAUUCAGUUGGAUAUGGUGUCGCCACACCAUUUGGAUCUCCUUACAAGGAUCAUAUAAAUUUGGCUAUUCUUGCUUUGCAAGAGCGAGGAGAAUUAAAAAAACUUGAAAACAAAUGGUGGUAUGAUAGAGGACAAUGUGAUCAAGGAAUUACCGUUGAUGGGCAUAAUGCGAGCUUGAAUCUAAGCAAAGUAGCUGGUAUUUUUUAUAUUUUGAUGGGUGGCAUGAUCGCUUCCAUGAUUGCUGCCUUAGGAGAAUUUUUAUAUCGGUCUAGAAUUGAAGCUCGAAAAGGAAAUAUGAACUCGUUAUUAGGAAGCCUUGCGGUAGUACUUUUUAUUUUUUUCUUGAGCCCAAAUCAUAGCUUAUUGCUUUAG